AUGCUGGCGCUGGGGCAGAUGGACGGCGCGCCCCGGCCGGGCGCCUUCCUGCUGGGCAGCCCGCCGCUGGCCGCCCUGCACAGCAUGGCCGAGAUGAAGGCGCCGCUGUACCCCGCGUACCCCCUGCCCGCCGGGCCCGCCUCCUCCUCCUCCGCCUCCGCCUCGCCCGCCUCCGCCUCGCCCUCGCCGCCGCUCGGCUCCCCCGGCCUCAAGGCACCCGCCGCCGCCGCCGCCGCCGCCGCCGCGGGCGGGCUCUCGGCGCUGGGCUCGGCCCCGCCGCAGCUCUCGGCCGCCACCCCGCACGGCAUCAACGACAUCCUCAGCCGGCCCUCCAUGCCGCUGCCGGCCGCCGCGCUCGCCUCCGCCUCGCCCUCCGCCUCCUCGGCGGCCCCCGCCGGGCUGCUGGCCGGGCUGCCCCGCUUCGGCAGCCUCAGCCCCCCGCCGCCGCCGCCGCCCGCCCUCUACUUCAGCCCCGGCGCCGCCGCUGCCGCCGCCGCCGUGGCCGCCGGGCGCUACCCCAAGCCGCUGGCCGAGCUGCCGGGCCGGACGCCCAUCUUCUGGCCGGGGGUGAUGCAGAGCCCGCCCUGGAGGGACGCCCGCCUCGCCUGCGCCCCCCAUCAAGGCUCAAUUUUGCUGGAUAAGGACGGGAAGAGAAAGCAUACCAGACCCACUUUUUCUGGCCAGCAGAUUUUCGCCCUGGAAAAGACUUUCGAGCAGACGAAAUACCUGGCGGGCCCGGAGCGAGCCCGGCUGGCCUAUUCCUUGGGGAUGACGGAGAGCCAAGUCAAGGUCUGGUUCCAGAACCGCCGGACCAAGUGGCGAAAGAAACACGCGGCGGAGAUGGCGACGGCGAAGAAGAAGCAGGACUCGGAGACGGAGCGGCUGAAGGGAACCUCGGAGAACGAGGAGGAGGACGACGACUACAACAAGCCCCUGGACCCCAACUCGGAUGACGAGAAGAUCACGCAGCUGCUGAAGAAACACAAGCCGGGGGGGGGGGGGCUCCUGCUGCACCCCCCCGAGGGGGAGGCCUCCGCCUAG